AAAUGUGAGAGGGAAGACGGAGGACUUUUCAAACUGCACAGUCUUCUGAGGACAAGACAGGAAACACACAGUGGUUAAGUUUGUUGAUGGCUGGUAGGCACGUGCAGUGGGCUUCACCUUUGGAAAUGAACGCCGCAGCAGCAGAAGGCUCCAAGGCCGCUCCACCCAAGUUCAAGCAAAAGGAAACCAGGCAGUUCAAGAGCAAAGCUCCUAAAGCUGGACAGAAGGGGUUUGACAAUGAUGUGCCAGGCAUGGAGGGUCUUGGAGACUCUGCAGUCGUCUGCCCCUGGGAGGCGUUUGGAGACAUGGAGCUGAGUGAUCUGGCUCAGUUUGGCAUCGUCUAGAACUGUUCGACCCUUCAGCCGCAGAAAUACUAGUUUAUACAUGUUCUCCUGAUAUAGCAUCAAACAUGAUUCUCUACAAAGAAUCAUGUUUGCAUUUCAGUCUUGAAUCUGAGAAUUGGUCCACGAGUAGACAUAGAUUUGUGUUUAUUAUGUAUGUUAUCAUGUAUUUUAUGUUGACUUUGGUAUCUUACUGUCAUGAAUUAGCAUCAUAUAUCAGCCCCAGCAAGGACAUAUGGAGGGAUUUCAAUGUACGAAGUUGAAUGAGGAAGUGCAGAAGAUAGCUAUAAAACCAGGAUGAUUGGUGAUUUUUAUUUGCCGGAAGAAACAUUUUAAGCCAAAUAAGUCAACACAACCAUUACUGAGUUUUUAAAUGAGUCACAAAAGAACAGAUUCAAACUUCCAGAGUGUCAUACCUAACAAACUUAAAGAGCCAAUCCCGAUUGCAGGGAAUUGUGUUUUUGUUCUUUUUUUUCCAGUUUGAAUGUAUGUGUUUAGUUGUUGGUCACUGAUUUAUUCUUCUAAAAUAAAACCUAUUUUAAUACAUACUGUAUUAAUACAUCCAAUAUUUUUUUGACUUCUAAUAAAUACACACAAAAGAUGA